AUGCAAAUAAUUGCAAAUCUAGCGGGGCUAGUCUACUGCUAUCAAACUGAAGGAUUUAGAAUGGGUCAGUUGCCUUUGGUCCUGUGCUCUGUGGUAUUUUAGCCACUAAACAUACUGGCCUGCUGCUCUUGGUUAUCAUAUAUUUCAAUUUUAUUCCAGACACUUCUUAUUGGACUGUCAACAUGGAUCUUUAGCUUUGGGGACCCCACUUUUGAGAAAUAUCCCUAAAGAGGAAAGUAUGAUGUUGGCCACAAAAAGAUCAGAACUGACAAAUUUGAUAAUGAGAUAGUUGUGUUUUAUCCAAUUGAAAAGGGCACAGCCACAUCAGUGAAAUCUCAAAGAAAUAAGUUUUCCUUUAUUGAAAAAGAAUUUCACUAAUAAUUUAUGACUGGCUUGGGCAGAGCCCUUAAAUUGGGAUAGAAACCUUUUUAAAAUGAUAUAAUUAAUUAAGGUUGGUACAGAUUCUUGCUCGAUGGAGUAAUUGACUUUAGCAUUUCCCAUGCUAAAAUAAGCAAAGACUUUGAAAAUGGAGACAAUGAAAUGAUUCCAAUAGUGUUUUCUCAUGGACUUUCUGGGUGCUGUCGAUUCUAUUGUGGACUUUUGAAUGACUAUGCCUCUCACGGCUAUAUAAUAUUUGCGAUAUCUCACAGAGACAAAACAGCAUCCUAUACCAAUGAUAAGGAUGGAAAUUUUUAUUAUUUCGAGAAUGAGCCAAAAGUAUUUGAUUUCAAGCUCAGAAAUGAUUAGGGAAAACUUGAUAUGCCAAACAUUAAGAUUAAUACUCAGAAACUUACUUCCAUGGGUCAUUCAUUCGGUGGAAUAACAGCAGUGAGAGCUGGUUACUUGAGCGACAAAAUCAAAGCUAUAGUUUCAUUUGAUCCCUGGAUGUAUAUGCAUUAAAAAGAAGCAAUAAGCGGAGAGAUGAAAGUCAAUAAAUACUUAUUUACCAUAAUGACUGAAACCUUCCCUUCAUUGUGUCCUGGGUAUGAUCAAUGGGCAGCUUAGAAAGCACUUCACUAAUUCAAUAGCACUGGAAUGAACGAGAGUAUAAUACUUAAGAACUGCCAUCACAAUGAUCAAACUGAUUUCCCCUAGUUAAUUCCCUUUGAAUAUGAUGUUUUAGAAAAAAGAUUCCCCAGAUCUGAUCUUAGAGAGAUUAACUACUUGAAUAAUUAGUUGGGGCUUUUGUACUUGGCUAAAAUUGGCUUCAGCAAUUACCAUACAUCAGCUGAGAUAGAGCAAAGAAUUAAAGGUAUUAAGGAAAAGUAUGCUGCUUAUGAUGUUGAACUAACAACAAAGAUUAACUGA